UGAUGAAUAUCUCAAUGACAUCACUUGGUAACAUGCAACCAGGCUAUAUAUUUGAGAGCAAGAACUCACAGUACACAAAGAGAAGAGAUUAGGAGAAGAAGAAUCAUCCAGUUUCAGCAUGAAGACUUCUGGAGCUCUACUGGUGCUGCUGUGCUGCUGUUUGGCUGAGACGCAGCUCAGAGGAGAGACCAUCAGUGAAAAUGAAAUCACUCACCAGGGCCACUAUGGUGAAGCAGAGAACAGAGAGAAUGAGGUUAUGGGUGCAGCACAGAGAACUGAAGCUGCUGCCACAGCCUCCACCCAACAAACCUGCCAGCCUGACAUCCACACGGUGCUGAGAGAGAUGAGUGUACUGAUGGCAGAGCAGAGAGUGGAGCUCAGAUACACUAAGGCACAAAUGGAGGCCGUGGACACCAGGCUGAGAGCCAGUGAGAAUAAAGCAGAGGCCAUGGAGACCAGACUGAGAGCCAGUGAGAGUAAUGCAGAGGCCAUGGAGACCAGACUGACGGAGAGGCUGGCUGCAAGUGAGAAGAAAGCAGAGGGCAUGGAGACCAGACUGUUAGCCAGUGAGAAGACAGUGGAGGAGCAGAGAGCUGUUAUUAGGGAGCUGAAGGAGAAACAGGAGGAACAAGCAGCAGCUGUGAGAGCUGUAGGAGGCAGUGUGAACCUCACAGGGAGCCAGGUGCAGGAGCUGAGAUGGGAGAUAGAGGAGAGGAAGGUGUCUUUCUCUGCCUCACUGGUAGCAUCUGGAGAUGUAAAUACAGGACCCUUUAACGCAGCAACUCCCCUGGUCUACAAACACAUCUUCAUCAACAUUGGGAAUGCUUACAACCCAAAUACAGGGGUCUUCACAGCUCCAGUCAGAGGGGUCUACCACUUUAAUGUCUUUGUGUUUGGGAAUGGCCAUGCAUCAAGACCUUCCGGAGUCUCUCUCCAUAAAAAUGGCGAACAUAUUGUCCUUGCUUACACUGUCCAGAACACCGUUCACGUGGCAGCCUCCAAUGGGGCUUCUCUGCUGUUGGAGGUGGGGGAUGUGGUCUAUGUGAAGCUGUGGCCCAAUGCAUGGGUGAGAGACAAUUAUAACCACCACACCACCUUCUCUGGCCACCUGCUCUUCCCCAUGUGAGGGAAGCACUAUACUGAUGUAGAAGUUAUGUUGGGUGUGGAGUGACGCUAGCAGUGAGAAACACAGACAGAAUGGAACACACUCCUCUCCUGGUUUCCUACAUGGUCACUGGGUGGGUCUGGGAAAGACUUUUAGUGUGACAUGAAGUCAGAGUUAGUUCUCUUUGGUUACUGAAUCUGUGCUUACUGUCUGCUCUUAGUUAAACUCUUGUUUUGGUUGGUUAAUUAGAUUACAGGAUUGAAUGGUCUGUACGUAUUCUGCGGAAUCAGGUAUUUUGAAUUGUUAUCUUCUGAUUGUUUUCCUGGAUGUUAAAGGACUUUUAUACACUGGUAUGAUGUUAACAUGCAUUUGCAGGCACUAGUUAUGAAACUUUCCUCCAAAGGUAAAGGUAAUUCUCCUUGAAUGCUUAUUGUUUGAUGACAUGUUAAUAUACCUUUACCUACUGUUAGUAUGUCAGUGUGGAACUGAAAACAUUAGUAAUGAAAUGUGCUUUGUCAGGCUGUGUCUUUGUAAAUCCAUCUAUUACAAAAUAAAAUACUUCUUCAAAUAUAUUUGUCAUGGCUUUUAUGCCGCCUGAAGACAUCCUUCAUAACAUUACAGGUAUAUACUAACCAAGUUCAAAGUAA